UGGACAGUGUAGCCACAAAAGUCAGUCCAUACAUAGCUCUUUUCGGAUGUGAUGCUAAUUUACCGCUAGAUAUUGUUUUGCCUGAAGAAACAUCAAACAGAAAACGGAAUCCAUCAUUCUUAUGGACCGACAUCGCUCGUCAGCUCGAAAAGUGCAGCUAUCGGUACAAAGGACAAUUCGACAAACGCCACCGAACACGGGACCUGUCAGUCAAACUAAAUGACAAAGUACUUGUCUGGAUUCCGAAUCCGAAAAAUAAACUGGCACCAAAAUAUGAGGGACCAUUCGUCGUUGUGGAAGUGGAAGACAACUACGUAGCAGUGCACAACAACAAAGCACAACUCAAGAAAUUUUACAAGAACAGAAUAAAAGUCUUCGAGACAACGGAUUGA